UUCAGCAACUUCAUUCUUAUUCUUUGUAAGAAUCAUUUUUGGCUCUGGCCAAAGAGUGUUACAAUAGAUGAAUUAAAUUAAAAGUAUGAAGAAGUUAUUUGUAGUUCUACAUUUUCUAACUUUGGCUAUAUUUUGUUCUUUUCCCCCCAGAUUAGUUAUUCUCCGUGAGAAGACAUGAAAGAAUAUGUAUUGCUUUUCUUCUUGGGUUUGUGCUCUGCUAAACAUUUCAUUGGCCCUUCACACUUUACAUUAAAGCAUAUGAUGCUGCAAGAUAUGGAAGAUGAAAAUGAUGAUGAUAACUCUCUAUUUCCAACUAGAAGACCAAUUCUGCCACAAGUUCCUUUUGAUAUAUUUCCAGUAUGUCCCUUUGGAUGUCAGUGUUAUAUGAGAGUUGUCCACUGCUCUGACCUUGGUUUGACUUCAAUACCAAGCAAUAUUCCACCUGAUACUCGCAUGAUAGACCUCCAAAACAACAAAAUUAAAGAGGUCAAGGAAAAUGAUCUCAAAGGACUCGCAUCACUUUAUGCACUGGCUUUGAACAACAACAAAAUAUUUAAGAUCCACCCAAAAGCCUUUCAAUCAACAAAGAAGUUGCGACGGCUGUACUUGUCCCAUAAUCAGCUAACUGAGAUCCCAGCAAACCUGCCAAAAUCUUUAGCAGAGCUACGAAUUCAUGAUAAUAAGGUUAAGAAAGUACAAAAGGAAGCAUUUCAAGGAAUGAAGGCUUUACAUGUUUUGGAAAUGAGCGCAAAUCCUUUGGACAAUGAUGGAAUAGAACCAGGUUCUUUUGAAGGAGUGACAGUCUAUCACAUUAGAAUUGCAGAAGCUAAACUGACCUCAGUUCCCAAAGGGCUACCAUCCUCUUUACUAGAACUUCAUCUAGAUGACAACAAAAUUACUGCAGUUGAACUUGAGGAUUUUAUUCGGUACAAAGAUCUUCAAAGGCUGGGACUGGGAAACAAUAAAAUCAAAGAUGUGGAAAAUGGAAGUUUUUCCAGUAUACCAAACGUAAGAGAAAUACAUCUAGAAAACAACAAACUGAAAAAGGUUCCCUCUGGACUACCUGAUCUGAAAUAUCUGCAGGUUGUCUUCCUUCACUCUAAUAAUAUUGCAAAAGUGGGAGUAAAUGAUUUUUGUCCAACAGGAGGAAACACGAAGAAGACAUUAUACAGUGGCAUUAGCUUAUUCAACAACCCUGUGAAAUACUGGGAAGUUCAACCUGCAACGUUCCGUUGUAUUUUAGGCAGAAAUAGCGUGCAGCUAGGGAAUUACUGAAAGUGAUACAGAAGUUUGCACAUUACAAAACUGUCUUUAAAUAGACAUGUUAUGUUGCUGGUUUUACAAUACUGGAAACCUGCUGUAAAGGGGCAAUUUUACACCCUUUAACCAGUUUACAAAAUAUCUACACUAAUUUAGAGAUUGUAAAUUAGAAACACAAUAUACCAUAGCAGUCCUUUGUUUUAUUUUAUAAUGUUAAACUUACGUUUUUGAGGAAAUUAUGCAAUAACCUUGAUUUUCAAGGAAAGGAGGACUCUUGGAAACGGAACUGGAAACUGUACUUUGAUGUUUCCUAUUACAGAUUUUAAACUGUUUACUUAAAUCUAAUUAGU